ACCGACUGCCAGUAAGGGUAUACCUCGUUGCAUUGUAGCAAAUAUACUGGUAACUAACCCUUCUUCUGUCGGUGAUUGUAGCGUCGAGAGUGAUCAGGUGUGAUGCAUGUGCCACUGCGCUGGGUGCUGUGGGAUGUGAAAGACACCUUGCUGAAGGUGCGCAGGUCUGUCGGGGAGCAGUACUGCCAGGAGGUCAAGCGAACAGCAGGUUUCAGUCUUAACCCUACAGAGGUGGAGGCUGCCUUCCGCCAGUCCUUCCACCAGUACUCCAAACUCUACCCCAACUACGGUACGGCCCAGGGCCUGGGGGGGAAGGCCUGGUGGAUGGGAGUGGUUCGGGACACCUUCGCCCAGUGUAGAGUACAGGACGCAGCCCUACUGGACACACUGGCCCACAACUUGUAUCAUGGCUUCUGCAGCCCUAAUAACUGGGAGGUAUUUCCAGACUCGGCGAAGACCCUGGAGAGCAUAUCCUCCCUGGGACUGAAGCAGGGUGUGGUGUCCAACUUUGACAAUCGCCUGGAGGGGAUUCUACGAGGCUGUGGCCUGCUGUCUCACUUCAGCUUCCUGCUCACCUCAGAGGAGGCUGGUAUAGCCAAGCCUAACCCAGCCAUCUUCCACCAGGCACUAGAGAAAUGUGGCGUAACAGCCGCGAGUGUAGCUCACAUUGGGGACCAUUAUGUCUAUGACUAUGUGACCUCUCGGUCACUGGGCCUCCAUGGGUACUUGCUGGACAGACAGGGCAGGAAUAAAUACCCUGAUGUUCCCCCACAGCAUCGACUAAAGACCCUGGAGGAGCUACCUGCACGUCUCCAGCAACAUAUGGACUAAAUGUUAUCUAUUACACAACUAAACUCAAGCCAGGACUCAAACAAACCGCACUGUGCCAACAUUUCACUGCACUUGACAUUAAAGUAUAAAAACUAUAUAUAAAAGCCAGGCAAGUCAGUCAAGAACAAAUUCUUAUUUUCAAUGACGGCCUAGGAACAGUGGGUUAACUGCCUGUUCAGGGGCAGAAUGACAGAUUUGUACCUUGUCAGCUCGGGGAUUCGAACUUGCAACCUUUCGGUUACUAGUCCAACGCUCUAACCACUAGGCUACCCUGCCGCCCAUCAGGAAGUCCAGCAUCCAGUUGCAGAGGGAGGUGUUUCGUCCCAGGGUCCUUAGCUUAUUGAUGAGCUUUGAGGGCACUAUGGUGUUGAACACUGAGCUGUAGUCAGUGAAUAGCAUUCUCAUGUGGGGGGUUCCUUUUGUCCAGGUGGGAAAGGGCAGUGUGGAGUGCAAAAGAGUGUGUCAUCUGUGGAUCUGUUGGGGCGGUAUGCAAAUUGGAGUGGGUCUAGGGUUCCUGGGAUAAUGGUGUUGAAAUCCCCCCCCCCCUAUCCCAACAGAGGGUAAAGGGUAUAUGGAUAUUUGUAUGCAUAGCUGACUAUUCUACUGUAUACUAAAUGAAAGAAAUGCUCAUAUCUUUGAUACUGUACCACAUUUUUCCCUUUUAUUUGCAAGGGGGGAAACCCUCUAAUCUUGUUCUAGUAUUGUAAUGUCUAAUUCAAAGAUGUGGCAUGAAUAAGAAUCAAAUAACUCAAGUGAAUUUUGUUGAAAAGGGUGUCUAAUCAAUGAUACAACAAUGAAUGUAUUGUACUGGAUUGAAUGACAACGAACUCAAAUAUAAUGGGUUCAAUUAAGAAGCUGUAAUAUGAUUAUGAUUGGGGUGACAAAAUCCUACAAAACAAGGUUUUUAGUUUAUUUUCAAUUAAAGACCUAGACAACCAGGAAAGAGGA